AUGUUGCACGCAGAGCCGUUCGCGUCAGACGAGGAGUACCGCAGGACCUACUUUGAUGCCUGGGAAGCUGCAGAUUUAGGGUCUGCUAAAGAUGUUGAUCGCCCGCUGAUUGCACAACUCGGUGGCGACGAUCCGCACACGAUUUUACGCGCGGCUCGCAUCCUGGAGCCUCAUGUUGAUGCGAUUGACAUUAAUUUCGGCUGUCCAACAGAGGAUGCCCGCAGGGGUGGUCAUAACACGCACUCACCUCACUGUCGCCGAUACGGGGCAUACCUGCUCCGUGACCCUCAACUUGUGGCGAAGAUUGUCGGCACUGUAGCGGCUGGACUUAGACGGGUCCCCGUGACAGCGAAAAUUCGUCUUCUGCCCCAUCGCCAAGCUACCCUUGAACUGGCCAUGGCAAUUGAAGAAGCCGGGGCAGCUGCCCUUUGUGUCCAUGGGAGAACAAUUGCGCAGCGACCAAAGUACGCAGAGCGGGAUGGCUUGGGUCAAUCAAGUUUGUCACCCAGUUGGGAAGCCAUUGCGGAUGUCCGUCGUUCUGUGAACAUUCCCGUGAUCUCCAAUGGAGGCAUCGAGACGAGACUUGAAGCAGUGGCGUGCCUGCAGCAGACUGGGGCGGCGGCCGUGAUGUCAGCUGAAGCCCUGCUGGAGGACCCCGCCCUUUUCAGCGCCGACCGUGCUGGAGAAGUGCAGGCAGACCCGCAGUCUGAUAUUUCACGGAUGCUUCGACUUGGCCGGGAGUUCCUGGACUUAGCCGAGACCUUCACCUGCCCAUUGAAGUAUCCUCCCACAAAGUCCCACCUCUUCAAGAUGCUGCAUCGCAUGAUUGGUGCCGACCAGGCCACAGCUCGCCGCAAGGAGGCGCUGGUAGCAGCUCGCAAAUCUAAUUCGAAUGCCGUUUUGAUGAUCCUCAGCCUGGCCAUCUGCAGUGAGGCAAGCUACUCCGAAGACUUUGAGAUGUACUCGCAAGUGUCGCUGGAUGAGCCUGAGCAGGAGCUGUUCGUCGAUAUUGUGAUCAGCAGCGCUCGUGCCGCUCAAUGCCUUGUGCUUGACGAAGUGUCGCCUAAUAACUUCUGCUGCAAGCUCCUUGUGCCCGCGUACUAUGCAGGAGGGAUGAUCGGCAAGAGGGGUAAGAACAUGACGCAGAUCGAAAAGCUCACUCAGACAAGCAUGAGCAUGUCCGGCGUCGAUGUCUUUUUCCCAGGCACUCAAGAUCGCAUGCUGACCAUCUUUGCCACUACGAAGAGAAGCUUCGUCAAUGGCGUGGAAGCUAUUGUGAGAGAGAUGUGGAGAAUGAGCCAGCAGCCUGGACAAGCGCAGCAAAACCAUCAUUUUGUUGUCAAGCUUGUGGUUCCAAAUUCAGCUGCUGGCAAGAUCAUCGGCCGUGAUGGGAGCAACACGCGUGAGAUGAAGAGAGCCACCGGCUGCCGCAUUAGCAUUAGCCGCCGGAAUCCAGGUAUCCAGGAGCGUGUUGUCGUUCUGCUCGCAAGCAAGGAUGGGUGCCUGGUACAGGGAGCCGUAAAUGUUCUCGAGUGCAUCCAGGAUGAUCCUCAUCUUCAUGAGCACAUGGAUUUCAAAUAUGAUGUGGAGCUCCCACUUGGUUGCUGGGAUUGUGGGAAGCCGGGCCCUGCCGAGCCUGACGCCGAAUUGAUGACCUUGGAGGAGGCAAGAGUUUUGCCAAAACGAUGCAUUGUGGAGCACUUGAUGAAGGCGGCUCCCAGAGAAAUACUGGUCCGACAUCGGCUUCUGGGCGGAAUGCGGAAGAUUCUGAAAGUCAAGACCCAUGACAUGAUCCUGGCUGCUUUGGAGGAAGCUCUGCGCAGCAUUCCUGACCAGAACCAGGAUGUGGAGAGGUCAAAGCCGCAUGUCUCAGGCAUGCUCCCGGUCGGACUUCUCACAAACGAGCCAUAG